AAACAGCGACCUCGGGCAAUGGUUUGGGAGACGGUUGAAUCCAAUAAGGAUUCAAAUCAAAUCAAAGUCUCAAAGCGUGCCAACCAAGACAGAGAAUCAAAGCAACGAACAUGCAUCUGCUGUCUUCUGAUUUUGAUAACACUUCUCGUAUCCGCUCUAUAUGUAGCUUUGUUGAUCAUAUUUCGAAAACAUAGCUGUGCCAUGUUAACCACAACCAACAAUGAAGUGAAUCUUUCUUUACAAACCCAGACAACACAUAAUGAAGUGAAUCUUUCUUUACAAACCCAGACAACACAUAUCCCCAUUUCUGCUCAACAGCGAACAGUCGGAAGCAGAGGAAAGUCAUUUGUUGUUUUGUUUAUGAAAUAUGGAUAUGAUGCAACAAAGAGUAUUUAUGUAACAUCCGAAAAUGGAGUACAAAUAAACAUUACAACCUCUCCUCGUCUAGAAGCUUCGUUGAAGUCCAUUACUGAAAAACAUAUGAAUAUUCCUUCGAGUCAGCGCAUCAUCAUCCCGCAAGCCAUGGAACUUCAAAGCUUUCGUGUAGAAUAUAAAGCGAUUUUGAUUGAAACUUCCAAUGAUGUUUUCGUCAUUAGCCACGAUGACGGCGAUCGUUCGGUUGGAAGCACAACACAUAUACCCCUGCAUAAACUCUCAACCAAGUAUAUAGUAAUAACAUCAAUUCCGAUUAUUAAUUCGACCAGUCAGCUUGCAGUGUCCGCCAUUAAGGACAAUACACUGAUCUCAAUUAGGUUCAAGAUGAAACAGAAUCUGUCUUUGCAUAUUGACGGGAAUAGAUUCUACAACGGUGACGUGUUUAAGUUUUCUCUUAAUCGAUUUGAAUCUUACCAGAUUGAGCACAUUACAGAUUUAACAGGAACAUUUGUAGAGUCAUCGGCUAAAAUAGCAGUCUUUUCAGGAAAUGAUUGCAAUAAACUUGAGAAUUUCGGUGGCUGCGAUCAUCUUAUUGAACAGUUACCACCAACUGACAGCGUAGACAAAAUAUACCUAGUACCCCCGAAUUCGGAUGACAGACAAACAGUUAUUCGUAUUAUAGCGAUAGAAAACGCAAAUAUUUCCUAUAUGAUCGGCGAAGUAACACAAACUCGGUAUUUGCGCAAACUCGAUUAUUUCAAUACCUUAAUAACUAGCAACGAAACAUGUUACAUUAAAUCCGAGGCGCCAAUCUUGGUAACAGCGUUUGGGUUGCACUCCAAAAUUUCAAAGUUGGGUGACCCAACCAUGACAAUUGUACCAGGAAUAAAUCAGUAUCUCAAUUACUAUAAAAUUGUUGUACCCUCUGGAUAUGAUCAUAACUAUGUGUCCAUAAUGAUGAAAUAUUCCUCCAAAUAUUUCUUCCGCAUAAAUGGCACGGUAAUAAACACAAGCGAUAUCGUUUUUGAAGAGAAUUUAUCGGUUGGUAACGCUACGUACAACGUCAGAUCAAUACGUGUUGAGGAGGGAGAACUCAGGGCUUCUACAGUGAACGGAGAACGGUUUGGUCUGAUGUUUGCUGGUGUUACUUAUUACGAAGCGUACGGAUUCUCUGGAAACUCAAUGCUUCCUUAAAUACAGUUUAGAGAUUUAUUUUACUUUUUCGUGAAGUCUUUGUAAGCAAUUUUUCGUGAACUAGACUGAAAAAUAUUUGCGUUUCAUUAAAUCCCAUGAUUUAUGUCUGUCAACUUAUAUAUGAUGUCUGUGAACAAGCUGCAGAGUUGUAUAUAUUUCUUAUCGAGUUAUAAUUCGUUAGCUUCAAGACACAUUUAUGCUGUAUAAAAGCUCUGUCUGACCGAAACAUGAUUUUUGUUUAGUGAUAAUUGUGCUUUUGUGUUUUCUUAUGUAUUAUAUAAUAAGUGUCUUAUCUUAUGUAACGCUCAGAUAUAUAUUUUUUUGCAAUGGAUGUAAAAUUUGUAUUUUUUCUUUUAAGUCCUUUAUGCUUUUGAUGUUGAACGAUCGUAAAAAAUACUCUGUUUCAUUGACUUGCAAAAUUGUGGAGAAAAGAAUCGCAAUAAAUAGCAAUAAAUGAAACUUUAUUUCAACGUCAUAAACAAUAUUUCGAUACAAUUUAUCAGAUUUUUUCUCGUACCUUUCCAGGGAGGAAUAUCUAAUCAAGUUAAACGAGAGACAGUUCAAGCUUCGUUGCUCGGACAGUGAUAAUUAUUAUCAUUGUACGUACAUGCAUGUUAACUAGUUUAUUUUUUACAAAUUCUUA